UUGCUGGCUGCCGUUGCCGUCGACGGUGUGAUCUUUCAUUCCCAACCAGCAGCAGCAGCAGCAGCAGUAGCAGCCAGAGUGUCGCUUAUAGAUCACAGUCGAUCGCCUUUCCGGCAAAAAGCCGCACCUGGCCGCCCUUUUGGCCCCAGCACAUCGGUCGCAGCAAUGGACGGAAUGGCGGCCAUGGAUCGCUUGGAAGAUUCCAUUUCAAUCGCCAGUCAGACCCUACAGUUGAAGGAGUUCCUCCUGGAAAAAGCCAACAUCACCGACGACGACCUGGAUUACUUUUUCAACUACACGGUUGUGUUGGUCCAAAAAACGGACAUGAGCACUUUGGCGACCAUUCCCGGACUGGAAAGUGAUGAUUCGACCAACAGUGAUGAGCCAGAGACCGUCGACGGCUCUUAUACCGGCUGCGGUAUGGGCCUGCACAAGCCUUCCGUUCACUUGGUUCACGGAAUUUUGAGCCUCAUCAUUUGUCUUGCCGGUUGCCUGGCCAACAUCGUUAACAUCGUCGUGCUGAGUCGCCGGGAGUUGAGGCGAAACGCAAUCAAUCGCAUUCUUUGCAGUUUGGCAGUCGCUGAUUUCCUCUUGAUGCUUGAAUACAUCCCAUUUGCGUGCCACAUGUACCUGUUUCCAGGAAGAUCCCUACAGACACGCUAUUCCUAUCCUUGGGCCGUCUUCGUUCUCUUUCACGCCCACUUCACACUGGUGGCGCACACGGUAUCGAUUUGGCUGACACUGUCGCUGGCAUUUUGGCGCUACGAGGUGCUGAAAAAUGGAAGGCACCAGCGUCGCAAAAACGGACGCCGAUGCCACCAGGAGCGCUGCACGCGAACCAUUGCGAUGGCUUACAUCGGAUCCGUUUUGCUGUGCAUACCUUCGUUCAUCACCUUCGGGAUUCAGUCGGAGCCAAUCAAAAACACCAACUUCACCAUCAGCCACACCCAGUUGCCGACGGCCUCUUCCUGGAGUUCCUCCUCGGCCCCACUCCAGUUGCCAGAAGCUUUUAUCUACAAAGUCGAUUUGAACCGCAUCGCCAAAAACCAUGACGGCAUCAUUCACAAGGCUCACUUGUGGGCGUAUUCUGUCGUCAUGAAACUAGGGCCUUGUCUGGUGUUAACGGUGCUGACUUGCUGGCUGGUGAGGAGGCUUUGGGAAGCCGAGAGACAUCAUCAAUCACUAACUGCCAAGUUAAACGAAGAUAGUCACAAUCAUCAUCAUCACCAAGAGGUUGUGGAACAACAACAGCAACACCAAACCGGAGCAGCUUCGGCGGCAACACAUCCGAAACCAGCGACUCCUCUGCUCCGAACGCAUCAUCAUGAAAACAUCAACCAAAUCAGCCUGACGCAGCAACUGGAAAUGAGGCAGCUAAAUUCGGUGAUGAAUCGCGAUUCCGGCGUCCAGAUCAUUGUGACAGAAGCUGCUGUGGCCGACACUAUCGAACCACUGGCUGACAGCACUACCCCUGCUGUCGGUAAGCGUUCGUCCGUGACAACGGUCACCUUCGGAAGUGGCGACAGCGGACAAAUUCGCCAAACGGAACUUGUUAUCCCCGCACGCCAUCGCCGCAAACUCUCGGUCGUCGAAUUCAGCAGCGCUGUUAUGUCAACAUCUUGUUACGACCGCGACGAUGGCGGCGGAUUGAAAUUGGAUGGAGAGUCGCAUGCGGCGGUGGUCGAGGCCGAUGGAGGGACCGUGAUGGAGACUGUGUCGGCGGCGCCGUCCCGAUCCCAAGUCACGACCCUCAACUCGACCAAAUCGCUGCGACACAAGCACCAAACGGACCGGACGACCCGCAUGUUGGUGGCCGUAUUGGUCCUCUUCCUGGUUACCGAAAUCCCACAAGGAGUGAUGGCGCUGCUGAGCGGAGUUCUCGGCCGCCAGUUUUUCAUUAAAUGCUACUCGACCGGCAUGGGGGAAAUCCUGGAUUUGCUUGCCCUGCUCAAUUCGGCCAUCAACUUCCUGUUGUACUGUUCGAUGAGCCGUCAGUUCCGUCGCGCUGCCCGUUCCCAAUUCCGCCGCCUCUUUGGCAUGAUGACGGGCGGAAACGACUGUCACGGAGGCUCACCGGCCGACUGUUUCUUCCGACCCAAGCUCCUGACACAACCGCAGCCCAUCAACAUUUCACCAUCCAUUCCGACUAGAUGCACUCAACUUUAAAACGGCAUCGUCUAAAAUAUUGUUCCUUUGCCCGGCUAGAAUAUAACGUAUGUUAUUACCACCAAACUUCAUUAUAUACAUAUUUUGAACUAAGUACAAUCUGUGCCAUUUGGAUUCUUUGUUAAAUUUUAAAAAUCGUCCGCUGAUGCUAAAUGAAUAAAAUAUCAACUUGUAUAUUUCAUUUGAAUAUUUUGGAACCUUUGACCAAUCAGAUGUAUAUGCCAAACAAGUCUUGACACCACUAUCUGAAAAUAUCAAGCAUGUUUACAAAACUACUGCAUAUAGAAAUGUGAGCUUCUUCUUUUAGAAAAGUAAUGGCUGUUUCUUUCAAUUUGCAUCGAUUUUUCGUUUCCUCCCCCUUGUUCCGACGUCACAAAAGGAAAACACGCAAUGGUCCAAAAAGCUGAAUGACGAGUGCUGAAUAUAACGCCGUGUGAUUGCAAAGAAGACGACAAUAAGAAUAGAAGAAACGGUCCAGAAAAAGGAGAUACGCAAGAAAGAAAAGUUUCACAAUCUCUGUUGCAGACGCAGUGUCGCGCACAAGGUAUUCGUUUAUUCCUGGUGACCCGCUGAGAGAGAUGUACGACCGAUUGUAACUGAUUGUAUACAAUUCUACACCUAAACCGUGUAUAGAUCCUGUGAAUGUGGACGCCUUUUUUGUCCUGCUACUUCUCGUAUUUUUUUUUCUCAUUUGAUUCAACUUCCUUUCACAGUUCAA